AUGCGGCGGAGAACUACGUUUCCCAAAUCUUUCUGCGGGGAUUGAGGGAGGCUGUUGCGAGGCUUCUUUCUCUUUAGUUGGGUAAAGUCUGGGGCAACCCGGGGAGAGUUGGUCUUGUCGCGAGUUCGAGGCUCCAUCGAAACGGCUCUCCUCGGAGGCUGAGCUCGUGGAGGAGGAAGCAAGGGCUCGACGGAGAGUUGUGGGAUCUGCAGGUUGAGGAGCUGUACCAAGAAUUUAUGGAAGCCAGAGAUUACCCUUGAAAUAGUUUGCGUCAUUGAAAUCUCUGCUUUUCAGUAGAUCUGGUCUACUUGCACGCAGGAGGGGAAAAAUGAACAAGGAUGCACAAAUGAGAGCAACUAUUAAUCAAAAAUUAAUUGAAACAGGAGAACGAGAACGCCUUAAAGAAUUACUGAGAGCAAAAUUAAUUGAAUGUGGUUGGAAAGAUCAGCUAAAGGCACACUGCAAAGAUGUCAUCAAAGAAAAAGGGCUAGAACAUGUUACUGUUGAUGAUUUGGUGGCUGAAAUUACUCCAAAAGGCAGAGCUUUAGUACCUGAUAGUGUAAAGAAAGAACUUCUACAGAGAAUAAGAACAUUUCUGGCUCAACAUGCCAGUCUUUGAGCCGUCCAUUUGAAUCUUCCCAUGCUUUAACAUGCUGUGUUCAGUGAAUCACACGAAAAA